AUGUGUUAUCUGGAAGCCGGUUAUCUUGCGAUUCCAAGUGUAGCUCGUGUUAUUAUCUCGGUGCGGGGGCUAGGCGAUCGUAUCGGCGGGUAUGAGCUAACAGGCUAUAAACUCAGUCGGCUUUUUGAUGCCGGUCGGUGUACAAGUGUUCGCGUGUUAAAGCAUGAAAUUAUAAUGGCUGGCAGGAUGCUAAAGUUCAUACGCGGCAAGGGCCAGCAGCCCUCUGCUGAGAGGCAGAAACUUCAGAAUGAACUGUUUGCCUUCCGCAAGACAGUGCAACACGGCUUUCCACACAGAGCAUCAGCGCUAGCAUGGGACCCACUCCUCAGGGUGGUGGCGCUGGGCACAGCCACCGGCGCCCUCAAGGUCUACGGCAGACCCGGCGUCGAACUGUACGGGCAGCACACAAACUCCGACUCCAGCGUCACACAGAUACACUUUAUACCUGGCACAGGCCGCCUAGUAUCACUAUCCGACGACAACAGUCUUCACUUAUGGGAGAUUAACGAGAAAUCCCUGGUGGAGCUGAAGACAUAUUUAUUUGAGGGCAAGAAUAAGAAGAUCUCUUCACUAUGCAUCGAGUCCUCAGGCAAGCACCUACUGAUCGGCACCGAGAGUGGAAACAUAUACAAUCUGGACCUUAACACGUUCACCGUCACCGAAGAUGUGAUAUAUCAGGAUGUUGUUAUGCAAAAUUGUCCAGAAGACUUCAAAAUCAAUCCAGGUGCAGUAGAAGCUAUCUGCGAACACCCUAAGGUCCCCAGCCGCCUGCUGAUUGGCUACAACAGAGGUCUGGUCGUGUUAUGGGACCGCAUCGCCGCCGCACCCACACACACCUUCGUCUCCAACCAACAGCUCGAGAGCUUGUGCUGGAAUGAUGAAGGAGAACACUUCACAUCAUCCCACAACGACGGCUCGUACGUGACGUGGGAAGUAGCCGGGGCUGCCAGCGACAGGCCUCUGAAGGAACCCAUCACUCCGUACGGACCCUACCCCUGCAAGGCCAUCAGCAAGAUUCUCAACAGAACCAGCGUUGAUGGAGACGAGAUCACUAUCUAUGCAGGUGGUAUGCCAAGAGCUUCUUACUCCGACAAAUAUACCGUCACAGUACAGCAGGGAGAGAAACACGUCGCUUUCGAUUUCACAAGCCGAGUAAUCGACUUCUUCACAACGACCCCCGUCCCCCCCGACGGAGUGCCCCUACAAGAAGACCGCCCCGACACUCCCGCGCACAUACAGCUACAAACUGUCAACCAAGUCGCCGCUGCUUUGGUGGUACUAGCAGAAGAGGAGUUGGUAGUAAUAGACCUGUGCGACGAGAGAUGGCGUCCACUACGUCUGCCGUACUUGGUGUCUAUCCACGCGUCCGCCGUCACCACCGCGCAGCUCGUCGACAACGUCGCCGCUAGUGUAUACGACAAUAUCGUCGCCGCAGGUCAACAACAAAGCGAGAAUGUAUACUCGGAGUCAGCGUGGCCUAUAUCUGGCGGGUGCGUGGAGGGCGAGGGCGCGGUGGCGGAGCGCCAACUGUUGCUGACGGGACACGAGGACGGCUCCGUGCGCUUCUGGGACGUCAGCGGAGUCGCCAUGACUCCUCUAUACAAAUACACCACUGCACAUCUCUUCAGUGGUGAAGAAAUAGGCGAGAAUAACGACAGUCAGACGGACGAGGAGGAAUGGCCGCCAUUCAGACGAGUCGGUACCUUCGACCCGUAUAGCGACGACCCACGACUCGCUGUUAAAAGGGUAAUCUUGUGUCCUCUAUCGGGAAUGCUGACAAUCGGCGGCGCGGCCGGUCACAUUGUCAUCGCGAGCCUCAAGACUUCUUCCAGCACUGCUGAAGUCAAGUCUGUGACAGUGAACAUAGUGUCUGAUCGCGACGGCUUCGUAUGGAAGGGCCACGACCAGCUCACUCUAAGAUCAGGCUCACUCACAUUCGCACAAGGAUACCAGGCGAGUUCCGUGGUGCAGCUGGUCCCGCCGGCGGCGGUGACGGCGCUGGGCGCGCAGUGGGAGUGGGGGCUGGUCUGCGCGGGCACGGCGCACGGCCUGGCGCUCGUCGACGCGCUCGCCGCCGCCGAGCUACUGCACAAGUGCACGCUCAACCCGCACGAUCAUUCCGGUGCUGGCGACACGCCUAUUUCAAGAAGGAAAUCGUUCAAGAAGUCGCUUAGGGAAUCAUUCAGAAGACUGCGGAAAGGAAGGUCACAGCGACGUCAAACCACCACGUCGAGUCCUACUUCUCCUACACAACCAAUUCCUAAGAAGCCCGCGGAUAAAGCGGCUUCAGAUACUGACGCGGAGCUUAAGCCAGUGGAGCGAGCCAUCGAGGCCAGGCCGGCUGACGAUGGAUUCGGGUCUAUGGUGCGCUGUCUGUACUUCGCCAGGACAUACCUUAUUAACACACAAAACUCCACCCCAACUCUAUGGGCGGGCACAAACAACGGAACAGUGUACGCGUUCACGAUAAGUGUCCCCAACACUAACAAGAGGAAAGACGAACCUGUCACGUGUCAACUCGCCAAGGAAAUACAACUCAAACACAGAGCGCCCGUCAUUGGCAUCACUGUACUUGAUGGGGCCGCCGUGCCACUGCCUGAUCCGCUCGAGGUGGAGCGCGGCGUGUCCCCGCUGCCGGAGGGCGGCCCGCACCGCGUGCUCAUCACGUCGGAGGAACAGUUCAAGGUGUUCACGCUGCCCUCGCUCAAGCCGCACAACAAGUACAAGCUCACCGCGCACGAGGGCGCCCGGGUCCGUCGCACAGCGUUCGCGUGGUUCGAGUGCGGGGCGGGCGGCGCCGCGCGGCACCGCGAGUGGUGCCUGCUGUGUCUCACCAACCUCGGCGACUGCCUCGUGCUCAGCCCCGACCUGCGCCGACAGCUCAACGCCGCCGCAGUGCGCAAGGAGGACAUCAAUGGUAUUUCAAGUUUAUGCUUCUCGAAACGUGGCGAAGCUCUCUACUUGCACUCCUCGUCCGAAUUACAACGGAUUACUUUGUCUGCUACGAAGGUAACGAUCGCUCAGUGUCACAUUAUCCUGUCGCCAUGGGCCGCGGCACUGCGCGGGGCGGUGGAAGAACCGCCACUAACUAACGGAGAACACAAGCCGGAGGAGUCGUUAGAAGCCCCCCACGACGUGACGGCGGUGUCGGCGGACAUCACGGUGGACUCCGUCCGAGACCACACCAACGCCGCGCCGGACGCUCAGCCUGCCGAGCUUAAUAUUAACUUACAGAACUCGCAAGUGAACACAUCUUCGAUGGUAGUAAAAACGACGACGCGCACGAUGGUGAACGACACCAACGGUGACGGCACCACCACCACUACCACUACAACCACCACCAACUCCACCAGCGAGAAUAUCCUAGAGCACAGUCGCGAGGAAGGAGUCAUCACGCGCAUCGAGACGGGCACGGUGACGGUGCCGGCCGGCACAGACCCGAAGCUGAUCCUCGAGAUGUUUGACCGGCAGCGCUCCCCCCUCAGCGUGCCCGUGCCGCCGCAGGCCGCCGCCGCAGAAACCAACUAG